CAGAUGCGCCCAGCAUCGGCUCGUCGGCCGCAGGCUCGGUCGACGCCAUGACCGGCGAGGUCAUCCGCAGCGCCGACAUCGACCCGUCCCGACUCGAGGUCGAGCUCACCAAGAGCCCCAAGACGAUCCCGCCGACCAACCAGCUCGUGUUCGGCCGUACCUUCACCGACCACAUGCUCACGAUCCCGUGGAACUCGCAGACCGGCUGGGGCACGCCAAAGAUCCAGCCGUACGCGCCGCUCCAGCUCGACCCGUCCUCGACCGUCCUCCACUACGCCCCGACCCUGUUCGAGGGCCUCAAGGCGUACAAGGGCAAGGACGGUGUCCUGCGGUUGUUCCGCCCCGACAAGAACAUGGAGCGCAUGAACCGCUCGGCCGCUCGUCUCGCCUUCCCUACUUUCACCGGCGAGAACGUCACCCAGCUCAUCAAGAAGCUCGUCGAGGUCGACUCGAAGUGGGUCCCGAGCGACCCGGGCACGUCUCUCUACAUUCGGCCGACCAUGAUCGGCACCCAGGCUGGCCUCGGCGUCGGCGCCUCGACCGACGUCCUCCUCUUCGUCAUUGCGUCGCCCGUCGGGCCCUACUACUCGACCGGCUUCAAGCCCGUCAAGCUCUACGCGACGACCAAGGACGUGCGCGCGUGGCCGGGCGGCACGGGCGGCUUCAAGCUCGGGUCCAACUACGCCGCCGGCGUGGUUCCUCAGCAGCAGGCGGCGGCGCUCGGCUACCAGCAAAUCCUCUGGCUCUUCGGCCCCGAGCAUCGCCUGACCGAGGUGGGCACGAUGAAUCUUUGGGUGGCACUCCGGAAAGACGAUGGAGGCCUCGAGCUCAUCACGCCUCCUCUCGAGGACAUGAUCCUUCCCGGCGUCACGCGCGACUCGGUCCUCGCUCUCGCCCGCGACCACGCGAGCGGCAAGCGCAAGCUCGCCGGCCUUCCCGACAAGUUCACCGUCAGCGAGCGCAACCUCACCAUGCCCGAGCUCGUCGAGGCGUCGAGGAACGGUUCGCUUAGCGAGGUGUUCGGCAGUGGCACGGCCGCCAUCGUGUCCUGCGUCGACGGCAUCGGCUACGAGGGCGAGCUCGUCAAGGUCCCCUGCGGCGAGGAUGGUCUCGGCGACGUUGCCCGUGUCAUGCUUCGCGAGAUCGUCGGGCGCCAGACGGGCGACAUUCCGUCCGAGUGGUCGUUCCCGGUCGAUGCCUGAGCGCGUGGCCUCCUCUCGAUCUUGCCAAAGCUGUCGAGCAGAGUAGCGCUAGAUGGUUCUGUGUCAAUGCAGCAGUUCUCCUUCCUC